AUGAGUAACCAGGGGUCGGGUGGCGAUCACCACGGCUCGAGCGAGGACUCGACGUCAGACUAUGCCGACAGCAUUGACUUUUCUGAAUUCACAUCCAUCGACACCGCUCAGAUGGUUCACAGAUACCGAAAUGGCAGACGGUAUCAGGGAUGGUUUGAGGGACGAUAUGGGCUACCAAACGACGACACAGAACAGGGCCGUGAGCACCUCAAGCACAGGGUCUACUCGGAUUACCUCCUCGGCGGCGAAUUCUUCAUCUCACCGAUCGGCAGCAACCCCCAGAAAAUUGUCGAUUUGGGCACCGGCGCUGGAUUUUGGCCUGUUGACGUGGCUGAGAAAUACCCUAGUGCUCGUGUCAUUGGAAGCGACAUUUCAGCUAUUCAGCCUCCCUGGUCUCCGCCAAAUGUUGAAUUUCGGGUAGAGGAUCUCGAUGACGAAAACCAUCCUUGGACGAGGAUCUACGCCGGUGCCGACCUUAUCCAUACCAGAUCAGUCAUACAAACCGUUCGCAACCCCGAACUAUUUCUCCAAAGAGCUUUCGAGAAUUUGAAACCGGGCGGGUGGCUUGAAUGCCACGAUCUUUUUAUACCUCUGAUGUACGAAGACGGCACUGUAGCAACAGAUCAUCCCGUUCAGCGCCUAUAUGACCUCGUAAACGACGGACCAUUCGCAAGACGAUAUGGCUGGCAGCUUUACCUUCCCCCGAGAUUGCCGCAAAUUCUUCGAGACAUGGGCUUCGUCAACAUUCAAGAACAGCAUACACCAAUCCCCGUUGGCAGAUGGUCGCGGCGCUCAAGAGACAGGGAAAUGGGCAUGUUCAACCAGGACAACCUCAUCGACUGGACCGCGGCCUUGCUCAUCAGGCACGAAGAUUUGGGAAUAUCAGAAGAAGAAGCACGACAGCUUUGUCAGGAGACUCUUAUGGCCAUGGACAACAACAAAAUCCAUGCUCUGCUCGACUGGGGGGUUGUCUGGGCACAGAAGCCUCUAUGA